AUGGGCACCGACUAUUACAAGUUACUUGGCAUAGACAAGAAUGCCAGCGAGGAUGAAAUCAAAAAGGCAUACAAGAAGAUGGCCUUGAAAUGGCAUCCUGAUCGCAACGCAGGAUCAGAGGAAGCCUCAAAGAAGUUUAAAGAGAUCUCAGAAGCUUUCGAGGUUCUUAGCGACAAACAGAAGAGGACGAUCUAUGACCAGUUCGGGGAAGAAGGUCUGAAGGGCGGGGGAGUACCACCGCCAGGCGCAGGGGGUUCAGGAGGCUUCUCAGGCUUCAGUAGUUUCCCUGGAGGCGGCGGUGCGAGAUUCAACACCUUCACUUCUAGUCCAGGUGGUGCAGGUUUUGGUUCUGGGGGUUUCUCGCCAACGGAUCCACAAACGAUCUUCGAACAAUUUUUCGGAAUGAGUGGUCUUGGCGGAAUGGGAGGCUUUGGUGGUUCCCGGAACCGGAUGGGCACCAUGUUUGGAGACGACGACGAUGGGACGGGCAGUUUCUCAUUUGGAGGAAUGCCAGGAGGAAUGCCGAAUGGUCGACCAUCGCCGAGAGGAGCAGGGAGGCCAUCAUCACCAGCCCAGUCGGAAAUUACCCGACCACUCAAGGUUUCGCUGGAAGAUCUCUACUCCGGCACUACAAAGCAUCUCAAAGUCGGACGAAAGCUACUCACAGGCGGAACCGAAGACAAGGUACUUGAUAUUCACGUUCAGCCUGGUUGGAAGAGUGGGACGAAAGUCCGCUUCUCCCGUGCAGGAAACGAGUUGCCAACAGGGGAGGCACAAGACCUUGUAUUCGUUGUCGAGGAGAAGCCACAUGACAGGUUCGUGCGCGAUGGUAACGACCUUGUCAGCCAUCUAUCAAUAUCGCUCGUCGAUGCACUUGCAGGCGAUGGGGGAAAGCGCACAGUGGAGGCUCUGGAUGGGCGGAAGUUGCAGGUUACGAUUCCCAGUGGCAUUGUGAAGCCAGGUUCACAAACAGUUGUGCCAGGCGAAGGUAUGCCGAUCAGAAAAGAGGGUAGCACACGAAGGAAAGGCGACUUAAUCAUCAAGUGGGAAGUUACGUUCCCCGAUAGAUUGACCCUCGCGCAGAAAGAGAGUAUUCGGAAAGUUCUAAGCUGA